GUUUCCCUGAACGGGCGGACGUAUUUUUCUGCAUUUACUCGCGUGGUGUCCAGCCCGCUGUGUUGGCGCGAUGGAUCCCUCGAGGGUGAUGGAGCACCUGAUGGAGGUGGAGGUGGCGGCUGAAGACGUUCUCGCUGAUAAACAGCAGAUUGUAGACCUGGACACAAGAAGGAACAGAAAUCGAGAAGCCAUGAAUGCGCUUCGAAACAGUGCUUCUCAAAAUGAGACGGUCAAAGUCUGCUUCGGAACCAUGUUUAUUAAAUUUCCCAAGGAGAACGCCAAAUCCAUGAUUCAGAAAGAUCAAGAGCAGCUUGACCAAGAAAUAAAUGACAUCCGAAAACGGCUAAAGGCGAAAGUAAAUCAUCUCAAUGACUUGCAAGGGAAGCCUGAACUCAGAGGAUACAACCUGUCUCCACUCAGCAGUGAUGAGCUGAAAGCAAUCAAUGGUAUCCUCAAGAGAUGAUGCAGCUCUUUCAGGCUGACUAGAGACUGAGUUUGAUGUCGGAGUAAUGAUUGAAACUAAGGGAGCAGUCGAGAGUAUGAAAUCAGAAGAUCCCAAGCAUCAAAUGAAGGUGAAAGUAUCUGGGCAAAAACGAGGAAGAUCGUUGCAGGUGUGAAGGUUAAAGAGAUCUCAGUAAAAGUGCAAGCUCUUCCAGAUGUGCUGACGUUUGCUGCAUCAAUAGCAGAAAUUCCUUUCUACCCACCUCUGGUUUAAAACACAUGAGUGAUACACCCAUGUGAGUACUGCUGUCACAUGGAGCCCAGUGUGUGUUAAAAAAAAAAAUCCUAUUGUAAAAAUGCAGUUUAAGCUGAUCAGUGUGAUGUCAUUUUUUUGUGCCAAGGAGGAAAUUUUGCUUUAUAAAUAAAUCCUAACAAUCCUUAACAUUUAA